UCAAUUUUGUUCCUCAAAAACCGUAAUUUAAUUCCGCUGUAUGUUUUUUUAUUGUUGGAAUUUCAGUUGGAUUUAAUGAGGAUUUUCUUUCAGUAUUAAUCAUUAUUGAUUUUUAUAUAUAUAUAUUUUUAGUAUGGAUAUUAUUAGGGGUUUUAGCUCAUUUAUAUUCAAUUUUGAUAAUUUUCUUGAGCUGUUGUAAUUAGGGGUUUUUGCUUUUUAGUUCUGUGAAAUUGGUAACAAAAAUAUGUAAUCUGUUCCUGCUUUCAUUUUCCUUCUAAGAUGCUAAUUCUCAUUUCUGUUUGAUGUCCAAGAAAAUCCUGGAAUGUGAAUAAACUAUAUCUCUCAUGAACAAAUUGCGGAUGUUUAGUCGAAACGUAGUAGAAAAUUCUUUUAGUUCAACUAAAUUAUCUCUGUUAUGUUUCUUUUACUGUUGUUCCUGAGAGAUUGCAGGGAAUGAAUGAAGUGAAAAAUGUUAGUGGAAUUCUUAUUUUAGUUUGUAAAUUUUAUGAGACAUAAUUGCAAUUCAUUCAUUCAUCUUUCUUUUCUCUUCUUCUAAUUGCUAAAAGUGCUAGAAAGUGAGAAGCUGCUAUCAUAUUUCCUAAUAACUGUUAUUUUGGUUGUUAAAGGAGAAAAAAAUUUAAUUCUACUUUUUUUUUUUUUAUGUUUCUGCUUUGUUAGUGAAACAAUUUUCAGUUGCAUAUAAUCUUGGAUAGUAGUUUAAUUGAUUUAGUUGGCAGAUACCACAAAUUCAACUUUAUGUUCGUCUUUUCUCAUACUCUCCGUGUUCAUUUUUUUUUCUUUUUCGAAUUGGUUUUCUCAAAAUUGUAUUAGAAGAAAAAUGCAGGUUGAAAUUCCAUCCCAGUUUGAGGAGCCAAACCUAUAUCUUCUGAUUCAUUCAGUACUUGGAUACCCUGGUAUAGACUUUGUUUGGUCAAAUAUAAUUGGCAUCAAAGCCGCAGACCAGCUAAAAUAUUGGAAGAAAAUAACACUCUGUUUUGUAAGUGUAAAGAACGUAGAUGCACAAGCACAUAAAAAAAUUUGGAAUUGCCAAGGAUUAUUGCAUGAAGGAACUGUUUAGAUUAGCACAUAUUUAAUGACCAUCUGACUAUUGGAUUCAAGAAAUUUGUUGCUUCAGUGUACUCAAAUCUCUUAAUCAAGCUGAUUGUUUUGCUGUUAUAAUUAUUUGAUUGGUAGUUCUAGAUCUGAAUGGAGGAAAUAUGAUCUAAAAGUGGACCCCAAUUAGUUUGGGUUUGAUGUUUAGUUGAGUUUGUUAUGACUUUGUGAACUGUGUUUGGUACUACUACCAUUUUCCCUUUAGGCUUGCUGGAGUUGUUUAUAAUAGUUGAAAUGAGAUGAGCAUAGGACCUCUUGUCUACCAGACUUUUUUUUUUCCUUCAACAGGUGAUGCAGUCCGGCAUAUAUCAAGGCACUCAAUUGCUCCAAUAUGAUAGUGCCUUUAUGUUAGAAAUAAUAUUAUUGUUUAUUACUGGUAUUUGAUAUGACUUUACCUUUUUGAUACUUCUGCUGCCAGAUGACAUAUAAAGGCAAAAGACUCUCUUUUUGUUUCUUCUUCUUGCCAUUAACAUGGAACUGAAUUUUGUUUAACCACAUUUAACGAGAUCUCUACAAGCUUGGAAUUGAAGAUUUGCAAUUUUCACUUAUGCAAAUAUGUUUUUGUUUCAAAAAUCUUUUUUAGAAGUGGUACAAUGUAAAUGCGAUUUAUGAACUGGUGCAGCUGCAGCAUUAAAGCUGGGAGAUUGUAAUAUCACCCUAGGAUUGGCGAACUCUGAAGUGGAGAGGCCAAGUCUAGAAGCUGGUUUGAGCCUUAUAAGUCUCUGCAGAUCAUAGCAUGGGAAAUAAACUACAGAAGCCACAAGAAAUAGAAAGAGUUGGAGAACAUGAACAAGAAGAAGAAGAUUCAAAUUUCACAUGUGAAAUAUGCAUUGAACCCACGGAAUCAAACAGGAAAUUUAAGAACGGUGGCUUGUGUUGUCAUCCUUUCUGCUUGGACUGCAUAUCCAAGUAUAUUAAUGUAAAAGUUGAAGCCAUCACUGGAAACAUUGAAUGUCCUGGACUGAACUGCAAACAUGCACUAGACCCUCUCUCGUGCAGAUCUAUUGUCUCUAAGCAACUGUUUGAUAAGUGGUGUGAGCUUCUAUGUGAUUCUGUGGUCUUAAGUUUUGAAAGGUGCUACUGUCCUUAUCGAGAUUGCUCGGCUUUGGUUUUGAAUGAGUGCAAAGAUAAACUGAAGAAAAUAAAGUGUCCUAACUGCAAGAAAAACUUCUGUUUUCGAUGCAAGUUACCAUGGCAUGCUGGAUAUCAAUGCAAUGAAAGUGGACAGUUGAGAGAUAGUAAUGACAUUCUGAUUGGGGAACUUAUAGAAGAGAAGAAGUGGACUAGAUGUUACAACUGUGGGCACUCUGUUGAGCGAGUUAGUGGUUGCAGAGAUAUCAAAUGCAAAUGUGGGGUUCGGUUUUGCCACCAAUGUGGAGGAAGAUUCCAUUUAGGUCCCUGUAAGCACAAAUGUUGUGGAGAUGCAUUCUGCAUGCUAUUAUUUUUGGCAAUGUUGAUAGUUUUUUCCUAUCUAUUAUACCAUCAAGUCAACUUAAUAUCUCCAAGUAACAAAUAAUUAACCUUAUUGGUCCCUGCAGAGCAGCACCAGCUACCCAUUUGCUACAUAUCAUGCUUCUCUUUAGCAAUUAGGUUGUAAAUGAUGCUUUAUCUACUCAUUUAUGAAAAUUUCGACUUUAUAUUGCUACUACAAA